AAAUUGUCCGCGUGCGUCCGAACCUCCAUCAGUAAUUGUUCGAUAAGCGUGGCGACAAGUAUCGGAACGUAGAGAUCACUUCCGAGGACUUACGCAACUAAUCACCGCCAUCAGCAUGAGCUUGCAAGAGUUCCAAGAAAACCAUUCCCCUGUAAAGGAAUUUUACGAGGGAAAAACGAUUUUCCUCACCGGUGGAAGUGGAUUUUUGGGAAAGCUGUUUAUUGAAAAAUGGAUCAAAUGUGGUGUGCGAGAGGUGCUUCUACUGAUGCGCUCCAAAAAAGGCAUUAGCCCAGAGGAACGUCUAAAAGCACUGCUGAAGAAGGAAGCAGUGUUUGUGAGCUACCAGCAGCAGCCAGAGCUCUACCUGUCAAAGUUGAAGGUAAUCGAUGGAGACAUCAGCAAACCAGGGCUAGCGAUCAGUAACGACGAUAUGGAAUACGUGAUCAAACACACCAACAUCAUUCUACAUUCAGCAGCAGAUGUACGUUUGAACGAAUCGAUGAAAGAAUCCGUGGAGACGAACGUUCGCGGUACGGAUCAUUUGUUAAAGAUCGCGGAAAGGUGUACGAAUCUUGAGGUUUUCGUGCAUGUAUCGAGUUCAUUCUCGCAGUGCAUUUAUGAGACGGUGGAAGAAAAAUUCUACACCCCCCGCAUCGAUCCGCUGGAAAUGAUCAAGUUGGUGGAAAAUCAACCACGGCUGGAGGAGUUGGAAGCUAUAUCGAGAAAGAUCGUUGAACCAUGGCCGAACACGUACUCGUUCACGAAAGCUCUCGCCGAAGAAGUUGUGCGACGGUCCAGAUCCAAGUUACCGGUUGCGAUCGUACGUCCUUCAAUUGUUACCUCAACGUACGCUGAUCCGAUACCAGGAUGGACGGAUAACUUUUACGGCUUCAACGGUGUAGUGAGCGGUGCCGGUACGGGUGUACUAAGAAUCUUUCACAUUCGCGACGAAUAUAAAGCCAACAUUAUUCCGGCGGAUAUAGUGAUUAAUGGUACGUUGGUAGCGGCAUACUACGCGGCCAAACAUCCCCAGGAAGAGAACGUGUUUAACUGCACUAUGGAUGAGAACCAUACGACCUGGGGCGAUAUUCGGAACGAUUGCCUUUCGCAGAAGGGCGUGGUGGCGGUGAAGAAGUCUCUCUGGAUACCAACCUACAACACGACGCGAUAUUACUACGUGGCUAGCUUUUUGCAGAUCUUCUAUCACCUCAUUCCGGCGGUAUUUUUCGAUCUGAUAAUGCGUCUCCGUGGAGAAAAGCCACAAGUCUUGCGUCUGUACAGGACGGUGCACCGGUUCGCCGACGUACUGCGGUUCUUCACGAACAAUCAGUUCCGAUUCGCCACCAGCCGUAUGCGGCACGUGCUGGAUGGGAUGGAGAUUGUCGAUCGGUACCUUUUUCCGUGCGACAUGAAAUCGGUGGUUUGGAGCAAGUUCGGUGUAAAUCACAUCCGCGGGUGUCGGGUGUAUUUACUAAAUGAGUCCUGGGAUACGAAUACUGAAGCGCUUAAGAUCCAUAAACGACGUCAGCUGAUACAUUGGGCCAUGCUGGGUGUGAUCUACACGUUCUUUGUACUGGUCGCGCUAAGGUUACUCGAAGCAGCCGGUGUGCCAGAUUUAAGAACCUUCUUGGGCUGCACGGAAUUCGGUCCCAUUUAUUAAAAUGAGUUGGAUUGCCCUUGUGCUUACAAAGUAAUAAAUUUUCUCUAACUAUCUUAAUUAAA